ACAAAUGGAGACUUCCGUCCCAGUUCUAUUACAAUAUUAGAACUAAAUUAUUUGAACCACGAACAAGAUGACAUUUUAAAUAGAAUAGAUAUAGAAAGCUGGGAAGGACUAUAAAGUAUGCAGCAUAUACACAGUCAUUGAAUUGUCUCACUAACAAGAAGGCAUUGUAACUAGAAGAUACUCUGUAGUAAAAGAUUCAGAAUGAUUUCUGCUAGUGGAUCCACAACACCUACUAGUAGCCGGACAGGCUACACUAAGCUGCCACCAAUAAUAACGACCACUGCUGAUCGUGAAUUCCUUCAUGGACUCAAUCUGUAUAUUAAAGAGGAAAUGGAAAAAAUUGCCCAGGAUGAUGAGGAGCAGCAUUAUUUAGUCUACAAAGGUGCUUUUGAUAAGGUGACCGAGCAGGUAAAAGCCUAUCUCCCACUUGUCACUGAAAUCAAGAAAGAAUACGAGGAUACGAUUGAAACAAUUAGAAAAGACCACCGAGAAGCCAUUUUCUUGCAGGAGAAACUCAAAGCCAUGGCAUCAGAACCGUCUACAAUAAGAAACUACAGAAAAAGAGUUGAUGAGCUUGAGGAACGCAUAUUAAUAGUACAUAAAGAUAACGACCGUUUGAAAAACGAGCUGGCUGAACUAAGAUCUGUUAGGGCUGAAAGAGAGAAGAAGGAAGACCCCAAGGAAGUACCCAAACAUCGGUUAAAGAAGGACAGCAGAAGAAUACCAGGUUUGUCAUUGGAAGAAACAACCGAUUUGAAAGUCUUACACAAGAAACUGGAAAAGCUUGACCGGCAGUUAAAGGAACUGAACAUCAGUUAUAAAACUCGGUUCCUGCCUAGGAGUAGAAAACAUGAACUUAAGGAAACUCUCGACCAGAAGGUUACAUACCGAGAUGACCUGCUGUGGCAGAGAGAAGUGUACAAGGCCAAGAGACAGAGGUUGAAGGUCGCACUUGAGGCUGCGGAGGAAUACAACCGUGUAAAGCCACCACACCAGACAGUGGGCGAUGCUGUUGCUUAUGCAUUUUUACAUGUGUUUGGUGCGCAAGUUAUAGAAAGAAUGGAGGAUGGUGUUGAUGGGUUGGCCCGUGAGAGUACUCCCUCUCACACCGGGUUAUUUGAAGAGGAUGACCCAAACAAGGAAAAGGAAGCCGAGAUGAUGCUGGAAUACAUUGAGAAGUUUAACGAGCUCUUUGAAGAUGGAAACUUUGAAGAAGCAGCGAUCCACGCUGCCAACAGCCCCAAAGGAAUCCUCAGGACACAAGCGACCCUUGCCAAAUUUAGAGACUAUAAAGGGGCAUACACUGGUCGAUCACCUCUUCUGGCCUUUUGUGAUGCCCUCAUGUCCUCUGUGAAAGCUGCUGGUUCCAAGCCAAAUGAAGGUCUCUCGGCAGAUUGUGUCCGGUGUGCACUCGAUGAAAACAAGCUGGAUUUGUUGUAUCAUUGGCUGGCACAGGACAGACUGACUGUUUCCCUACUGAUUGGGAAGAUGAUCCAAGACCACUGUUCGUGUUCCAUCCCGUGCAUGUGCAACUGUCAGGCCCUUGCCCAGAACGUGUUCAGUCGACUCCGCGCCCACCAGGAGGUCAUCAUCUGCCUGCUACGUCAAGGCCGCGUGUAUGCAGGGCUGCAGUAUGCGAAGAUCAAGCACAUACAGUCGGAGGAAAACCUCGUCAACAUGCUAAUAAACUGUCCAUCCCUGAAGUUGGCACAGGUGUUGAUAGAGGAAGACCCCUACUCUCCGCCAUUGCUGCCAUUCGGAACUGUGGGUCACGUUCUGAAGGAGUCGGGAAACACACACCUCCUGGCACAACUCAUUCAGAAGUUGUUACAGGGAGCUUCUAAAGCUGGAAGUGUUUACUCGUACUCGCUGCGCAGUGCAGUGUUACAAGACAAAGAGACCAGCCUGGACCGUUGGCAUGGAAUUAUUGAACACCUUUACAAUACCGACUACCAGGAGGCCGGUCUGCAGCUCACAGCGAUCGUCACCGUGGUGGACGCCCUAUACAGGGCCAUAAACAAAGUAUCCAGUACCAGUCUACUAUGAUGACAGUCUUCAGGGCUAUCAACAAAGUAUCAGUACCAGUCUACUGUGCACAUCCUAACAUUCUCUUAAUAUGCUGUGAUAUUUAAUUUUAUAAACUAAUUAUAGUUUUUUUAGUCAUUUUGAAGUAAAUUGUGAUAUUUUCACACAAUAAUAUAUUGAUGAACAGUUAAA